AUGCAUUUACUCCCUCAGAAGAAAAGGGCAUCUCGAGCCCAACUUCGGGUAGACAAAUGGCGACCGGAUGAAGAUGCAAAACUUCUGAAACUUGUGGAGACGGGUAUAACAUGGGGAGAAAUUUCAGACCAGCUACCAGGAAGAAGCGAACAAGGCUGUAUUGGACGAUAUAAAAAGAGAUUAAGAAAGAGAGCUUUGUAUGAUUUUACUAUAGAGGAAAUUGCGAGAUUAUAUAAUAGGUACAGAUCUAGCAUGUGGACGCCUAUCGCUAGAAAAGUAGAACUUCCUUGGAGCACCGUUGAGGAUAUUUACUGGAAAUUCGAGAGGGAUCGUUUAAGACAAAUGACAGCGAACGGCGCUAAUCCUCAACAGGACGAAGUCUCCCAACGACUGUUAGAACACUUACCGCCUAAAAAAGUAGAGAGAGAGUUUCACCAAGCAUCCGAGGAAGACAGGGAGAUAGAGAAUCUUGCCCAAGCUCAGAUCCUCUGCGAAAUGCAGCCUGCUAGCGAUCAACUAUCCGACCACGAGCUAUGUACCGAGCACUAA